AUCGGUUCUUUGUUCACUGACAUACUGGGAGUGAAUUUGGACUGAAUAGUCUACUGUUAUAUAUGUCGUAGAAAAAUUCACUUCUUACAUGAAGGUGUUAAUGUAAUUGUUCAAGCUCAAAUUUAUUUAUUAGGAAAACUUAGCUUUAUUAUUUGAUGUUGAAUAGAAGACUGGUGAAAGGAAAUGAUAUGGUGUGAAAAGUCAUCAAGUGAAACAUCUACAUAAUAUAUAUUUAAUUGACUGAAGGAACAGCCAUUUUCAAUCAGUGCUUAGAAAAUUUGAAAGUUCAAACUCAGGACAUUAAGUUUUUACUAAUCAUGACUUAAUAAUGCUUACAUUUUAGUAUGUAUUAUCAAAAGAAUGUAAAUUUGAUCUAAAAUUGAAUUUUUGUGAAGCUUGAUGUAAAUCAGUGUAAAUUUUUAUUUUGGUACUGUUAAACUCAGGAAUUAUGGCUACUAAAACAACACGAAAUGUUAGUGGAAGAGCAGGUGUACGUCCCCUCGGCUCUAUUAAACACAAUACAGGAAAUGACAGAAUCCCAAAACUUCCAUCUUUUACCAAAUCUGCGGAGAAAAGUAAAAUGGAGAAUGUUGGAAUACAUGGGAAUGCUAUGAAUGUGCCGCCACCUAAAGCUAAAGAGGAUGUUAAGCCAAAAACACAAUCAGCCAAGUCGGAUUCAAGUUCGAGUACAAAAUCUGUGGAAAAUAUGGUAGAUAAAAAGGAACUGCAAGAAGCAAAGGCAAGAGAAAAAGAUUUGUUGAAGAAAAUAGCUGAACUACAAAAAAUUAUAGAGGAACUGAAAGAACAGAUUAUAGAAAAAGACCAAACUAUUAAUGGUCUGGAAAAUCAGUUAAGAGAACAGGAGCAAACAUAUAAAGACAAAUUAGAUGAAGAAAAACAACUACAUAGCAAUACAAAGAACAGUCUAGAGAGUUUACGAAAGGAAUUAGAGGCCAGUAAAGAGGAGAACAAACGCAUAGCCAAACGCAAUGAAGAAUUAUUGAAUAAAUUCAAAAAUGAGAUGGAUGAAAAAUUAAAAGAUAUCACAGACUUAAAGGAUAAGGAAUUAGCGUUACGAGAUGAAAAACUCAACAGACUGAAAAAACAAAUGGCUGACGCAUUAAAAGGAAACUCAUGGGAAAGACAACAGCAAUUAGAGGAAUUAACAAAAGAGUUGGCACGGUUACAAGAGGAAUGUGACACACUUAGAAUGAAACUAAAAUCGUUUAAAUCAAAGGGAUCCUGUCCAAAUUGCAGUGACUCAAAUGGUAAACUUGAAAGACUUUUUAUUGAGUGCAAAGAAAAAGACAAAACAAUUAAAGAUCUGAAAAUUCUAGUGACUAAAUUUGAAAAACAACUAAAUCAGCAAGAUGCAUUACUGAAAAACUUGGGUGAAAGCAAAGGUCACAAGGUCAACUAUAAACCAUAGUUAAUAGCUGUUAUAUAUAUUUAUGAAUUAUUGUAUGUGAUACAAUGUGCAGCAGUGGACACUUUGUGUAAGGUUUAAUUGAAGGAAGAGGUGCCUGUUUUGUUUGUAUGCAGUAUUAUAUAAUGAGCAAAGAUAUUAACAAAAUGUUCAGGAAAUAUUAACAGAAUUAUUAAAAAUAUCACUGUAAUUCAUUAUCAUCUAUUGAUCAAAGUGAUAGAUUGUAUUCUUGGUCAUUGGCAGACCCAAAUAUUGAAAGAGACAUCUUGAUUAAAAAUAUCUCCUUUCGUAAGAUUUUUAUGCUCCAUUUAUGGGCAUUAUGUUUUCUGGUCUGUGGGUCCAUCAGCCUGUCCCGCUUCAGGUUAAAGUUUUUGGUUGGUAGUUUUUGAUGAAUUUGAAGUCCAACCAACUUGAAACUUAGUACACAUGUUCCCUAUGAUAUGAUCUUUCUAAUUUUAAUGCCAAAUUAGAGAUUUCCUCCCAUUAUUAGGGUACAUAAAACAUAGAAAUUGAUAAUGUGGAUGGGGCAUCCGUGUUCUGGGGACACAUUCCUUUUUUUCCUGCCAUAGACAUUCAAUGUUCCCAUUUUCAUUUGUUUGAAGCUUCUGCAGGGGCAUUCAUGCACUCAGACACAUUCUUUUAUACACUUCAUGAUAUUUAAUGAGCAUAGGCUUAUUUCUGAAUCUGUUUCUGAUCUUGGUUUCUGUUAUCAGCAUUUUAUCAUCAAAAUUUGUAUAGAACAACUUGUUAUUGAGAUACAUUUAUUUUCUACCUUGUUUUGCCAAAGUCUGUAUUUAUAAACCUUUAUAGAACAAUGGUGAAUAUUUUAAUGGAUACUCAG